GGUCAAAUAUAUGUCUAUGUAGCUAAAUAUGGCUAUGAUCCUUAUACACAGUCACCUAAUGAAAUUCCCGAUGCAGAAUUACCUCUCAAUGCUGGAGACUAUGUUCUCAUUCUUGGUGAAAUGGAUGAGGAUGGUUUCUAUGAUGGUGAACUCGUUGAUGGUCGUAAAGGAUUGGUUCCCUCUAAUUUUAUUGAACGUGUUGACAGUAAGUGA